AUGGACUUAGAAUUAUUCACCCCUUAAUAGUCACAAUUCCUUUACCCCAUUGAAAUUAACGAGCAGUCCUUUGAAGAUUCGCAAUCUUUUAUUAAAAAUAAAACUCUUGAAUAAAACAGUUUAGGAGCAACUUAAGCUAAAACUCAGUAGAUGGUUUAUCAAUAAAAAGAUCUGAAUUAUAAAAAUUUCCCAAAACUAAUUGGUAAUAAUUUUUUGAAAUGGGUAAAUAAACAAGUUGCGGAGGAAAAAAUUGGAUAAAUCCCUUAAGGAAUUGAAAAUUUAAUGAAAUCAAGGGGGAAAUGCAAACAACCGAAUUUUACUAUUAAAGAUCUCUAACAAUUAUGCCGAGAUUAAGCCUCUUAAAAGUUGUUUCAAGAGUUCAUGUAGUAUUAAUUAUUUUUGGAUUUAUUCCACAGCAAUAAAAUCGCUGAUCCCUACUCUUAUAUUCCAGGGAUAAGUAACUAUUUUUCGGCAGCUGAAGAACCUGAUAAGAUGAAGAGUAAUUAUUUAACCAGAAAUUAAUUUACAUAAGCUUCCAAAUAAAACUGA